CAGAGACGCACGUGACGACGCUGGUCACGUGACAGGCACCACGUGACGCGGGCCCGGAGCGCGGCGGAGCGGGACGGGAGCGGUGCAAUAUGGUGUCCAGAAAGCAGCUGGCAGAUUUUGGCUACAAAGCCUUCUCGGGCUCCAUGAUGCUGCUGACGGUUUACGCCGGGUACCUGUGCAGUGUCCGGGUGCAGAGGAUGCUCCAGCACCGCCGGGAGCGGCAGAACGCGGCUGGUCCUGAGAGCUGAGCCUGGGAUGGCUCAGAUGGGACUGGGAGCUGGGACUGCUCCUGGGAGCUGGGACUGGCCCCAAGAGCUGAGCCCAUCCUGGGACUGGUCCUGAGAGCUGGAACGGCUCCUGGGAGCUGAGAUCAUCCUGGGACUGGCUCAGCUGGGACUGCUCCUGAGAGCUGGGACUGGCUCAGCUGGGACUGAUCCUGGGAGCUGGGACUGGUCCUGGGAGCAGAGCCUGUGCUGGGACUGGCUCAGCUGGGACUGCUCCUGGGAGCUGAGAUCAGCCUGGGACUGGCUCAGCUGGGACUGCUCCUGGGAGCUGAGCCCAGCCCUAAGAGCUGAGCCUGUGCUGGGACUGGCUCAGCUGGGACUGAUCCUGGGAGCUGAGCUCAUCCUGGGACUGGUCCUGCGAGCUGGGAUCGGCCCUGGGAGCUGAGCUCAGCCCCAAGAGCUGAUCCCACACUGGACCAGCCUCAGGAGUUGAGCCCAGUUCAGGAGCUGAGCCCAGCCUCAGGAACUGAUCCCAGGCCCCAGGAGCUGAGCCCACCCUCAGAAGCUGAUCUCACACUGAACCAGCCUCAGGAGCUGAGCCCAGUUCAGGAGCUGAUCCCACACUGGACCAUCCUCAGGAGCUGAGCCCAGUUCAGGAACUGAUCCCAUACUGGACCAUCCCCAGGAGCUGAUCCCAAGCCCCAGGAGCUGAGCCCACCUUCAGGAACUGAUCCCACACUGGACCAUCCCCAGGAGCUGAUCCCAGGCCCCAGGAGCUGAUCCCACCUUCAGGAACUGAUCCCACACUGGACCUUCCCAGUCUCCCCCAGCCUGGAGGAGGCAGAUGCAGCACAAUAAAACCCAUGUGAAAGUUG